UGCCCCCAGUUCCACCAGUGUCCCCAGUGCCACCAGUGCCGCUGUCCCCACUGCCACCAUCACCAUCACCACUGUCCCCAGUGUCCCCAGUUCCACUGCCACCACCACCACCAGUGUCCCCAUCACCAUCACCAGUUUCCACUGCCACCACCACCACCAGUGUCCCCAUCACCAUCACCAGUGUCACCAGUGUCACCAGUGUCACCAGUGUCACCAGUGUCACCAGUGCCACCAUCACCGGUGUCACCAGUGUCCCCAGUGUCACCAGUGUCCCCAGUGUCCCCGGUGCCACCAUCACCA